GUGCAUUGCACGGGACUUAAAUUAGUUUUAGGAAAAUUUGCGAGAAAGGUCCUUUUAAGUGGUCGACCUUGUGAGAAAGACCCUUUUAUAAAAACGGUGGCACAAAAGGUCCUUUUAUCCAUUUUGGGUUGUGUAGAGGGUCCAUUGACCGAACUUCGGCGUUGACUUUUUUUUUUUUUUUUUUUUUUUUUCCGGCCAAAAAAUUGCACGUGACUACUUAAUCCUCCUUUUUUUUUUUCUUUUUUUUUUCCCUUUUCCCCUCUUCUUCCCUCUAAUUCCCUCGAUUUUUCCCUCUUACCCAAUUGAAACCUUAUUUUAGCCCAGGUCAGAAAACUUGAAUUGUUGUCCUUCAAAUCACAAUUGAAAGACAAUCAAAGCCUAUAAACAACAGGCGAAUCAGGUAUGGUGAGAAUCCUUUGUCAAUUUCAGGUUUUGUUUCGCAAUUUUGUAAUUUUUCAUUGAAUUUUCCCCUUUUCGCCUUCUGCUUGUUCUUCACCAUUUUUACAGACCAAGUGAGCAAUUUUGGGAAAAAAUUGAGAGCUUUUACUACUUUGAAAGAGACAAAAUAGGGGCAGAGUUAAACACUUACCAAUUAAAUAGCUUGUGGGGUUAAUCUCUUGCCAUAAAACAAUUCGCCAUUAAUUCCAUCAACAAUGCAUCGCCAUUAAUGGUGGGUUAGCUUCUUGUCACAUCACAUGGGUUAAAGGGAAAUAAGGGAGGGAAAUAUUUUAAGGGGAAAGGGGAAAAUAGAGGGUAUUAGAGGGAAGAACAGGGGAAAAGGGGAAAAAAAAAAAAGAAAAAAAAUGGAAUUAUGUAGUCACGCGCAAUGCACGUGACUUUUUUUGGCCGGAAAAAAAGUCAACGCUGGAGUUUGGUCAACGGACCCUCUACACAACCCAAAAUGGAUAAAAGGACCUUUUGUGCCAUCUUUUUCAUAAAAGAGCCUUUCUCACAAGAUCGACUACUUAAAAGAACCCUCGCCAAUUUUCCAUAGUUUUAUAAAAAGGUUAAGAUAAUUUGCCAAUUACUACCGCAAGUUAAUACCACUUUAUAAAUUACUACCGCAAAUUAAAAAAGUUGUGAAUUACUACUGCAAAAAAUUUUAAGAUGUUGCGAUUACUACGUCAAUAUAUCCCUUUAACCCGUGUUUGACCAUGGUUAAGGGCUUUAACCAGCCCCCCAAAAAAAAAGGAAAUGGUUUAGGGAUAUAAUGACGUCAUGGUUAAGGGUUUUAACCAUGGGUUAAAGUGAUAUAAUGACGUCAUAGUUGGUUUUAAUGGGGGUUUGGUAGUAAUCGCAACAUCUUAACAUUUUUUGCGGUAGUAAUUCACAACUUUUUUAAUUUGCGGUAGUAAUUUACAAAGUAGUAUUAACUUACGGUAAUAAUUGGCAAAUUAACAAGAGGAGCGUUAUCAAGGGGAGCAUCGUUUAGUACAACGGUACAACCUUUCAAAAAUCUCAGCUACACAAUUUAUCCCGCUCAAAUUCAAAAACCAUUUCAUUUCUUCACUGUUUUUUGAAGAGAGAAACAAAGAGGGAAGACAAAAAGGGCACCUCAAAGAAGCUCAACAAUGGCGGAAAUUGAGCAAGAUCAACAAUUACCUCGAAAAAUUGCAGGAAUUCUUGAUGAAAGCAAAGCUUCAUAUGCAACUCACAAUCGAAAACUCAAGGAACUCUCGAAUCUCAGAUCUUCAUCACCUACAGAUCUCUUCUUCGCUUCUUACCGUAAAGCUCUAUUACCUGUUUUCAAUUUCCAGCGACGAACUGCCUCUGCUGAGUGCAUCAUCCGCUUCAUUUCCACCUUCGCCUGUUUCACUGACUCCAAAAAUUCCGCCAUUGAUGAUCAAUUCUUCGAAGCUUUUAUGCGGUUUCUUCUCUCUGCUGUCACUUCCGCUAAUAAAACUGCUAGGUUUCGUUCAUGUCAGAUUAUUUCUGAGAUCAUAAUGCGGUUGCCAGAUGACGCAGAAGUGAGCAAUGAGCUUUGGGAUGAGGUGGUAGACAGCAUGACUAUACGGAUGGGGGAUAAAAUUCCUGUAAUUCGUACAUUUGCAGUUAGAGCUCUAUCACGUUUUGUGAAUGAUUCUGAGAACAGCGAAAUACUUAAUUUAUUCAUUAAAACCCUGGAUUCAGAACAAAACGCGGAUGUAAGAAAGACUAUUCUGCUAGCACUCCCCCCCACUAAUGCAACAUCGUCAGUGAUAAUUGGUUGUACUCUUGAUGUCAGCGAGUCAGUUCGCAAAGCAGCAUAUUUUGUCUUGGCCAAUAAAUUUCCCCUCCAGAGUCUCAGCAUCAAGCUCCGGGCUUUAAUCCUUCAGAGAGGACUAUCUGAUCGUGCACCAGCAGUUGUGAAAGAAUGUCUUAAGUUAAUGAAAGAUGAAUGGUUAAGCAAAAACUGCAACAAUAAUCCUAUUGAACUUCUUAAGUACCUUGAUGUAGAAACAUACGAGAGCAUUGGUGUUUCUGUUAUGAGGGCUCUCUUAGAUGCUGGGAUGGGUAAGCCUGAUGGAAAUCAGAAGAUACAGCAGUUCAAGGAAUCAUCCUGUGAUGGAGCUAGAGAUUCAGAUAAUGACAGCCUAGGCCAUGAACUACUGGAACCAGAGGUUGCCCUCUAUUGGAGGGUUGUGUGUCAGCACCUACAAAAAGAGGCACAGGUGAAAGGUUCUGAUGCUGCUGCAACUAUGGGCACUGAAGCUGCAGUCUAUGCAGCAGAAGCUUCUGACAGCAGUGAGCUCCUGGAGAAAGUACUCCCCGCAACAGUUUCUGAUUAUGUGGAAUUUGUCCAAGCACAUAUUAAAGCGGGAGCAAAUUAUCGGUUUGCAUCACGGCAACUGCUGUUGCUUGGUUCUUUGCUUGACUUCUCUGAUGCUACAAUCAGGAGGAUUGCCAGCACAUUUGUACAGGACUUGCUGCAUAAGCCACUUGAAUAUGAAAUAGAUUGCAGUGAAAACAAGAUUUUGAUAGGAGAUGGCAUCAAUAUUGGUGGCGAAAGGGACUGGGCCAAUGCUGUAGCAGGGUUGGCAAAGAAAGUUCAUUCUGCUGAUGGAGAGUUUGAAGAAGUUGUUCUUCACGUUGUGGAAGAACUUGCUAGGCCAUGCAGAGAAAGAAGUGCCGACUUCAUGGAGUGGUUGCAUUGCCUUGCUGUUAUUGGUCUUCUCUUGGAAAAUACAAAAUCGUUACCCUUGCUACAAAGGAAGGCUAUUGAACCUAUUGAAUUACUAAACGCCUUGCUGCUUCCAGGGGCCAAGCAUCUUAAUUUGGAUGUGCAAAGGGUUUCUGUCAGAUGUCUUGGUCUUUAUGGAUUGUUGGAAAAAAGGCCAAGUGAAGAAGUGGUGAAACAACUAGGAUUUUCGUUUGCCAAGGGCCCCUCUCCAAUCAGUCUUCUAGCUGGCAAGGGAUUAUUAGAUCUUGUAACGUGGCAUGGACCUCAAGAUGUUGAUAGAGCUAUAGGUGAAGAUAUACUCUCACAAAUCCCUGAUAACAGGCUGUAUCCUGCCCCUGAAAUAGGUGAUAAAGUUGAUUGCAACAGUGAUGGAGUACUCUAUCUUUUAUACAUUGGAUUAGAAAGUAAUUUUGAUGACCAAGUAUUGGAUGUGGGGGGCAACGAGUCAGUCCAAGCUACUCUAGGGGAAGGUUUUGCAAAGAUUCUUCUUCUGAGUGAGAAUUAUCCUAGCAUUCCUGGUUCCCUGCAUUCCUUAAUAUUGGCCAAGUUAAUUGCUUCCUAUUUCAGCGAGGAAAACAGUGAAGUACAGAGGUUAAAACAAUGUCUGUCGGUGUUUUUUGAGCAUUACCCUUCACUGUCAGUUAAUCAUAAGAAGCAUCUAUCCAAGGCCUUUGUUCCAGCAAUGCGUGCAAUGUGGCCUGGAAUUAACAGGAAUCAUAGGGGAUCAGUGGUCAUGAUAUCUAACUUGCGUAAACGUGCAGUUCAAGCAUCACGUUUUAUGCUACAGAUGAUGCAGUCAAUAUUGUACAAAAAGGAGACCGAUAAUCAUGUAGAUAACCCUGAGGAUAAUCCAGGUUCUGUAGAUGACACUGAUGGAUUUGUGGCUGGAGAGGAGGGUCUUGCUAUACGCAUUGCCGUUGAGGUGACUGGCUUUCAGACAAAGAAAACAGCAGCAGAAAAAGCUUACGUUGCAGCACUAUGCAAGAUCAUAAUAUUACUCCAUUUCCGAGUGUCAGAACAAGGAGCAAUCAAGUUGAUGCGACUCCUGCUAAAUUGUGUUGUUGGAUCUGUCUCAUAUGAUAAGGAGCUCGUUAAAGAGCUGACUAGCAUGGCUAAACAAUUGAAGGCAUUGGAUGGUAGUCCAGAUGAAGACCUGUCAAGAGAUAAAGCUGAUGUCAUUCUAGGAUCAUUGGAGCUAGAGUAUAAUCUUGACGAGGAUCAUACAAGUGAAAUGCCAGCAACUCCAGCUCAGCGCUCCACACGACCAACCCGUUCAAGAAGGCGUGUACAGCGUGAAGAAAGCAGCUCUUCUGACGAGGAAGUUUCAGUGAUGUCUAUUGUUAACUCAACUGUUCGGUCAGGUGCACGUUCCCAAAGGGCCUGCAAAACAGCAGCAUUGACAAAGAUGACUACUAGUAGGGCUUAUGAUGGUAUCGACGAGGAAGAAGAGUCAGAUUUAACUUCUGAUGAGGAGGCCAACAGUUCAGACUCAUCACCUCAGUGAGUUGAUGCUUCCAGAGACCUCUACAUUUGUAAUAUAAUUUAACUUUCUUUUUUUUUUUUGGACAAGUGUAAUUUGUCAGAGAAAAUGUGCAGAUAAAACUCUCAUAUUUUUUUUUUUUGACGAAAACCGAGCUCAAACUUUAUAAAUCAAGCGAAGGCAUUAAAUCAGCCAAAACAAAUUCAGAUAUACAAUGAGGAACUUCACGGUUA